CCAUGCUGCCGCCCCCACCCCGCGGGCCCAGGGACCAUGGGGGACGCUCCGGGCGCUGAGCAGAGCCUGACCGCGGAGCCCCGGCUGGCCGAGGGGGGAGCAGGAAGCAUUGCCCCGGAGGCACCCCAGCAAGAACCCGGGUUGCUCUACCAGGAGGAAACCAUUGAUCUCGGGGGCGAUGAGUUUGGGUCAGAGGAGAAUGAGGCCGUCUCGGAUGAUUCCAAUAACUUCGCAGACAAGCUCAGCGAGCACAUGAUGGAGAGCGUCCUCAUUUCGGAUUCCCCGAACAACAGCGAAGACGACACAGGCGACCUGGGCGGUGACCUUGGUGGGGCGCAGGAUGUCCGGGAGCCUGCAGGAGGCAGUGCUGAUCGCAGCCCGGACAGUGUCCCGGGCCGAGGCAAAGGCACCGUGGAUACGCCCAGUCCUGACAGUGAGAGCGAUGGAGACAAGGCACCGAAGGGCGUCUCGGAAGGCACUCCUGGCGCCAGGGCGGCCUUGAAAGCAGACCCGGAGCCGGAAGGUAAAGGCUUGCCCGCCUGUGAGCAUGACGAUGCUGGGGAGCCGGGCCCCAGGCACCAGGGCCCACCCCCUCCCAAGGACGUGCCCGUGCCCGUGUGCACCAUCUUCAGCCAGGCCCCGGCCGCGGCCGCCCAGCCCAGCCCUUUCCUGCAGGACGGCUUCGAGUCCCAGAUGGUGAAGUCGCCCAGCUUCAGCGGCCCCAGCCGGCCGGCCUCUGGGACGCCUCCCCCGGCGGUCCAGCCCAGCCCCAGCCUGAGCACGUUCUUUGGGGAGACCGCCAGCGCCAGCUCCCUGGCCUCGGACUUCUUUGAUUCCUUCACCACCUCCGCGUUCAUUUCCGUCAGUAACCCCCACGCCGGCACGGCGGUUCCCGGUCAGCCGUCUCCACUCGCCUCCCCAGGGACGGAGAGCUCAGAGCCAGCUGUGCCCCCAGCCUCGCUGGAAACCCCUCCGUCCCCGAAGCCCUUCUCCCAGAUCCAGGCCGUGUUCGCAGGGAGCGAGGACCCCUUCGCCACCGCCCUGAGCAUGAGCGAGAUGGACCGCAGGAGCGAUGCCUGGCUGCCUGGGGAGGCGACCAGGGACGUCCUCGUCUCGGUGGCCACGCAGCAGUACCGCACCGUGUUCGUCGACAAGGAGAACCUCACCAUGCCGGGCCUCAAGUUCGACAACAUCCAGGGAGAUGCCGUCAAGGACCUGCUGCUGCGCUUCCUGGGGGAGAAGGCGGCGGCGCGGAGGACGGUGGCGGACGCCGGCGCGGUGGAGCAGUCCUUCGUCGGCUUGAAGCAGCUCAUUAGCAGCAGAAACUGGAGGGCGGCGGUGGAUUUCCACUAAGAACAGUGGGAACAAAGCGGGUUUCAAACCCCAAAUUCAACUCCACGUGCGCAGCUGUGGUUCGUGCGGCUGGCGCUGCUGGUGAAGCUGGGCCUGUUCCAGAACGCGGAGCUGGAGUUCGAGCCCUUCGGCAGCCUGGACCAGCCCGACCUCUACUACGAGUACUACCCGCACGUGUACCCGGGGCGCAGGGGCUCCAUGGUUCCCUUCUCCAUGCGCAUCCUGCACGCGGAGCUGCAGCAGUACCUGGGGAACCCGCAGGAGUCACUGGACCGGCUGCACCGGGUGAAGGCUGUCUGCAGCCAGAUCCUGGCCCACCUGGAGCAAGGCCUGGCCGAGGACGGGAGCAUGAGCAGCAUCUCGCCCGAGAACAGGCAAGCCUCCGUGCAGCUGUGGCGGUCCCGCCUGGGCCGGGUGACCUGCUCCAUGGCCAACUGCCUGCUCCUGAUGAAGGACUACGUGCUGGCCGUGGACGCCUACCGCUCCGUCAUCCAGUUCCACCCCGAGCAGGAGCCGCAGCUGCUCAGUGGCAUCGGCCGCAUCUUCCUUCAGAUUGGAGACAUAAAAACGGCCGAGAAGUAUUUUCAGGACGUGGAGAAAGUGACACAGAAGCUCGACGAGCCGCAGGGGAAGAUGAUGGUGCUGAUGAACAGAGCUUUCCUUCACCUCGGCCAGAACAACUUCGCAGAAGCCCACAGGUUCUUCACAGAGAUCUUGAGGAUUGACCCCACAAAUGCAGUGGCCAACAACAACGCGGCCGUGUGCCUGCUGUACCUGGGCCGGCUCAAGGACUCGCUGCGGCAGCUGGAGGCGCUGGUGCAGCAGGAGCCCGGGCACUGCCUGCACGAGAGCGUGCUCUUCAACCUGACCACCAUGUACGAGCUCGAGUCCUCCCGCAGCGCGCAGAAGAAGCAGGCGCUGCUCGAGGCGGUCGCCGGCCGCGAGGGCGACAGCUUCAACACGCAGUGCCUCAAGCUGGCCUAGCCCCACACGCCGAGGCUCUGGCUCCUGGGAACUGCGCACGGGAGCCACCGGGCGGGGCUGGCGGUCCCGUGAGGCCUCGCUAACCCUCCCGACUGGGGUGUCGGGGCCUCGUGCUGCUGACUCCUGGAGGCGGGGCUACUUGGUUUGUCAGUUCUGAACGUCCUCAGAGGAGAGUGGGAAGAUGGACUAUAAACUGUUCCCAUACGCCUGGGCGUCGGGGCAUUUGUAACUGUGCAGGGGACACCACGGGACAACACCCUUCCUCCCAGCCCAGAGGGACCCAUCGUCUCGCCAUCGGCGCUUUCCAGCCCAGGCAUGAAAGGAGACAGCUGCUUACUUAUUUCUAAAGUUUAUUGAUGAGAGACACCCA